GUGAAGCUCAGUUGACACGAAGCGUUCAAAAUGGGCGACAAACUAUAUAAUAUUGUGAGAGCACUGUUGGCAUACCUGGUUUGCUGCCACCAAGUUCUUUCGUUUAACGUGGCAAAAUCUGGAGAGACUUAUGUUCAAGCAGGAUCACAAACCACGUUGUCAUGUCGGUGGACGCCACCAGCUGGGAUUAGUCCUCUGAGAGUAAACUGGAGACAAGGGUCUGCAGUGAUAGCAACUGCCACAACACCUUACUUUGCACCACGGUAUCCACAAGCAAGUUUAAGGGGCCGUGUGGCACUGGGCACUCUAACCUCUACAAGUACUAGUACAUCAAUAACAUUGUCAGGAUUACAGUGUCCAAAUGAUAUAGCAGAGUAUUCGUGUGAUAUCACUGCUGAUGCACUACAAGACGACAGUGGAACAGCAAGUUUCAACGUGAAUCUAUUUGAUUUCCUGGGAUAUAAUAUUGCGAUAUCAUCCUCACCAAGUCAGUUGCAAGCAGGCCAGCAUGCCUCCCUGACCUGUACAGCCAGUAACAUUGGGCGACCACCAGGCAUCAUGAAGUGGUACAAAGCCGAUCAAGAAAUCACCACUGGAUUUACUCAGCAGACAAGCAUCAAUAGUGAUGGCUGUACCUUUAAUGGAGUUAGUGGUCUGAGUAUUUUACCGACGUCCCAGGAUGAUGGAGUUAUGUAUACAUGUGUUGUUGAACCAAACUCUCCAGCGAUUGGAGACUCCACAAAGCAAGGAAGGUAUACACUGGAUGUACAAUACCCAGUACGACAGGGGCCAACGGUGACAUCAUCCACUGGUACAUGGACAGUUGAGCAGGGAACAACUUUUACUCUCAACUGUCAGGCAAGCGGCAAUCCAAGUCCAAGCUAUGUGUGGACCAGUCCAGAUAAUACCAACUCUACUGGCUCUCAGCUUGUGCUGACACUGUCCGCUACUGGAACUUAUGUGUAUACUUGCUUUGCCACCAACAGUUUGACGACAACACCAUUUUCAACAGGUGUCACAGUGAUAGUGCAAGAGCAAUCUUCCACGUUAUCAACAACAACAACAUCCACGACAACAUCAACGACACCAGUACAUGUUGCAGUUACAUCAACGACACCAGGACAUGUUGCAAUAGCAACAACGAAAACAGAACAUGUUGCAGUAGGAGCAGGCAAACUUAAAGGAGGCGAGGUUCAUUAUAGUCCAGAAGAUAUAGGUGUGAUAGUUGGGACAGUUGUCGCAGAAGUGAUAAUAUUACUUGGAGCCGCGGUUGUUUUAUUUGUCUUGUAUCGUAGAGGCAUUCUGCAUAGAUUUUGGAAGAAUAGACAACCUGGUGAUACAGUUGACGUGGAUGUUACGGAAAGCAACAAUGAAUACGCUUUGCUAGACAUAAAAGAAGUUAAAAGUAAGGAAGAUACUUACACAGAACUGCGAGGAAAGAUGCCAUCAUUGUACAUACCACCAGGAAGGAUUAGGCUGGACGAAAAGAUUGGAAAAGGACGUAUUAGCGAAGUUUGGAAGGGAGAGGCAAUUAUUAGACAGAAGGCACGCACGGUUGCCGUCAAACGUCUCAAUGACCAAUCCUCACAGAAAGAUGAACUCGUUUCAAGCUUUGAGAAGGAAAUACAGUCAAUGAAAGCACUUCCUCCUCACCCAUACAUUGUGAUGUUUUAUGGAUCUUCUCAACAGAAUGGUGUCGCACUCAUGGUCCUAGAGUUUAUGUCCAAUGGGAAUCUGAAGCAGCUGUUAAAGAACAGUCGUGGCACUGGCCAAUACUCAAACCUUCACGGCCUAAGCAACACGCUGACGUCACAACAACUGAUGAGGUUUGCCUACCAGGUGGCAAGCGGGAUGACACACGUGGCAAAACACAAGGGACUUCCUAAAGUCGUCCAAGUUACCAUGUUCAGCUAUAAAAUCAACAUUGCAAUAGGAAAUCAAACAUUUUUUGAUUAA